AUGGAAAGGAAGGAAGUGGAGUGGAGGCAGAGGCAGCGGUGUGAAUGCGAGAUGGUCUUUACUGUACUAUUGUGCUUGCAGAGUUGGCCAGGGCUACCAAGGGGUGUAGAAUUUAAUCCCAGUGAUAGUGAUCUUCUGUGGCAUCUAGCUGCAGAAGCUGGGAAUGGUCUCGCUGAGCGCCAUCCAUUUAUCAACGAGUUCAUUAAAUCUGUGGAUGAUGGUAGAGGAUUUAGUUACACUCAUCCCACUCAUCCUCGAGAUAUGCCUGGUGUUAGGCACGAUGGACGUGCAUCAUACUUCUUCCAUAGAAGAUUUGAGUCGUACAACAAUGAGGGUGAUGAAAAUAACAGCUGGAAGAAAAUUGGAGCCUCUAGAUCAAUCAUCCUUGAUGGAACACUGCAAGGUUGCAAGGAGGUGUUUGUCCUAUAUGAAGACAUGAUGAGUGAUAAAAGCCCUCAGGAAACUGAUUGGAGAUUACAUCAAUUUCAUAUCAGGAAUACAGUGAAGGAUGAGGGAGAGGUGGUGGUGUCAAAAAUAUUUUUUGAAUCGAGGAACAAUCCAUCUGAAUUGGCUGGGAUAACUCCUAUUGAGGCCAAACAGGAUGUUUCCACACCUGAUGAUUCAAGAGAGGAGUGCACCGCAUGUUUUAACCCUGGAAUCUGUACUGAGACUGAUGAGCUUGAUCAUAUAUCUCUGAAAGAGCGCUACAGGAUCCUUCUAGCAGAUAAAAGUUCUUGCCCUGAUACAGCAUCAGCUAGGAAGUCUGUUAUGGGUGUGGAAGCUAGUAGAACAUCUUCCAAAAGAAAUAAUGAGGGAACAGCAUGCAAAGAAGAUAUAUGUAGCAUGUUGCAGGAAAUUUCUUCUGCACCUCCUAUUAUAGAGAGUAAUCCCAUGGAUGAUAACAACAGCAGGUUGCUUGGUGAAAAUGAUCCAGGUUUCUCGAGUAUUUCUGUCACAUCAUCUCGUACCGACCCAUCCCUAUGUGAAGCCGGAUGCCCUCGUGAUCCACUGGAGGGUUCUGAAAAUCAGGUAGGCGGCAGUGCAACUUGUGGGAGUGAACACAGUGAGCUGGUUGUAAGAAAACAGUGCCUCCUUGUGGCUGAUGUUAAAUUGGAGCCUGCAUUAGAAGAUUAUGAGAUUGGCCCGUCUGAAUCACCUCAAGAAAAUUCUACUCAUGCUAAAGGCUCAGUACCAUCUUUAGGAGUAAAAGAUGAAUUAAAUGAGUCUGAGUUACCUGGCAUAUGCGAGAAAAUUUCUUUCAGUUUCCGACAAUGCAGAAAAAGGAAAGCAAGUUAUUCAACUGAAAAAAUGCUUGAAGAAGAUGCUUACACUAAUGAUGAGGGUGGUUCUUACUGUUCUCGUCGAAGGAGAAAGAAAACGGCCAUGGAUUCAAUCGAAACGGCACUUGAUGAGGAUGCUCCUGGGCUUCUACAGAUUCUUCUGAACAGAGGAAUAUCAGUUGAAGAAAUCAAACUUUAUGGCGCUGAAGAAGAUAGUGACAUGCUUCCAGAUUCUACAGAAAGUAGCUUUGAAGAUCUUGAAAAUGUCAUUGCAAAUAUAUUCCCAAAGAGAGCAUCUCUGUUGAAACUGUCAGUAGCUAGGCAUGAAAAGGGGGAAAAGGCUAUUUACUGCUUAUCCUGUUUAAUUUCUCUUAUUGAGCAGUCACGAUACCUUCAAUUCCGUGACUGCCCUGUGGAAUGGGGAUGGUGCAGGGACCUGCAGUCCUUCAUUUUUGUAUUUAGAAGCCAUAAUAGGAUUGUUCUUGAACGUCCUGAAUAUGGUUAUGCGACAUACUUCUUUGAGGUUGUCCAAUCACUGCCAAUAGAAUGGCAGAUCCGUAGGCUGGUUAUUGCAAUGAAGCUAAGUGGCUGUGGAAGGACAGCUCUUAUUGAAAACAGGCCAUUAAUGGUUGGUGAGGAUUUAUCAGAAGGUGAGGCUGAUGUUUUGCAACAAUAUGGCUGGAUAAGAAACACUGGGCUAGGCACGAUGGUCAACUACCGCGAUCGUGUGGUCCAUGACAGGUGGACGGAGAGAAGCGUCGUUGAUUGGAAGGCGAAGAUAGGGAAGCUUCUGAUGAGUGGUUAUGCUGAGGGCCAAUCAAUCACAAUUCAUGGUCCAAAGAACGUAGCGGAUCUGUUGGAAGCUACUGGGGAUGCUGAGGUUGAUAUAAAGUUGGAGGAUCCUUUUUGAGAGAUCUGUUGUAUAUAGGUACAACAUGUACUUGGUAGUUUGUUGUACGUAGUGCUGAAUGCAUCCAAAUAAACUUUGGGCUGUAAAAAAGUAGACUUGUAACUUUCACCAAGUUAUUUUUAUCUGACCUUGACUAGUGAUGGGGGGUAGCCUAUUCAUGUGCACCUCUGUAGUUUGGUGCAUAGUGAUAUUUAUAACAGUUGUUGCCAGGCCGGUUUAGGCUGGUUGAAUAUACUUGGGUGGGUUAUAGUGGUAUGGAGUACGGAGGUCCCUGAAUAUUUGUACAUUGUAUCUGAUGUAUUUGUGUAUUUGUAAACUGAAUUCAUUCGUGAGUAGUUUUUCCAGGAAUUUGCAGUUUUGUA